AUGCCAUCUCAAACAGAAGUCAUUGCAGCUCUUGAUGCCCCUAAGCCUAAAUGGCUUAGCGGUAAUGGAGCAGAGCACGUCCAAGCUCAUGCAGCAGAUCAAUUGCCGUUUGAAACCGACAGAAUCAUUGGCUCCCUUGAUGCUGUUGAACCUGGGGUGUUUGGCGGCAACGAAGUCGAACGUCUCAAGGUACGCGCUGCGGCACGUCGUCUACUUGCUAGGGUGGAAACACCAUAUGAGCGUGCCUGGGGCUUCUGUUUCGAACAGCCUGUCGUUUUUGCCGCUUUACAGACAUGCAUCGACUUGGGCCUUUGGAAGUCCUGGACAGGUGCUGGGGGUGAGAAGUCUAUCGACGAAUUGGUUGAAUUUACCACUCCCACUGUUGAUCCAAACCUUCUGCGUCGAUUGUUCCGCUUACUAGCUGCUUUCAAUGUGGUUGAGGAGACAGCGGAAGACAGAUUUAAACCCACUCCGUUCUCGAACGCUAUCGGCGACGAGAGCACCAAGGUCCGCGCCUCACUUCAGGCAGCAACGAAUCAAUACCUUUCGGCUGGCCAUAAUUUGCCAGCUUAUCUAGCAAAGAUAUCGUAUCAAGAGCCCACGGAUGUCAAUGCGAAUAACCACUCGGACAGUGACCCCGACGGUCUCAACUUCUUUGGACGAUUGCAGAAAAGCCCCGCUUGCUUUGAAGCCUUCAAUGGCCACAUGGAGGCUUGGACAGCAUGGAAAACCCCAUGGACUAAGGUCUACGAUACAACAAAGCUGCUAGAGGGUGCCAAGUUGGACGAUGGCUCUCCGUUCGUGGUUGAUGUUGGUGGUAACACUGGAAUUGACAUUUCUCACGUUCUUGCAAAACACCCAGAUCUUCCUGCUGGAUCACUAGUCCUGCAAGAUCUUCCCGAAGUGAUUGCCAAGGCUCAAGUUGAUAAGAAGAUUACAGCCAUGGUUCAUGAUUUCUUCUUACCUCAGCCAGUGAAGGGGAGUCGUGCAUACUUUAUGCACGCAGUUCUUCACGAUUGGCCAGAGGACAAGGCUAAGCAAUUGCUUGUGAACACCAAAGACGCGAUGACCAAAGGCUACUCCAAGCUUUUCGUUUAUGAUAUUGUUCUUCCGCCAACAGGAGCGAGUAUCAGUCAGGCUACAAUGGACGUGGAGAUGAUGUCGCUGUUGUCGGCUUCCGAGCGAACACAAGGGACUUGGACGAAGCUGUUGAGCGACGCUGGAUUUAAGAUUGUCAACUUUUGGCCUGACCCCCAACAGUACGAGAUGGUCAUUGAGGCCGAGAUUGCCUAG